GGUGGGGGGACGAAUGCAGUGAUAUGCCCACGCACACACCCGUGCACCACGACAACACUAUCGUCUCCGCCUCUUUCGGGCACGGGCUCCAGCUCACGGCAAGAAACCUACUUCAUUAUACCUCGUCAUGGAACAGCCCAGAAGCUUAUUUCGAUUGAAUGCGGCGCUGCUCCGCCUUCCAAAAUCUCAAAAAUUAAGAUCCAUUGGCAUCUACGUAGCUGGUGCUCUUUUUGCCAUCGGGUUAUGGUCCAUGGUAGACGCCGCUAUCUAUUCCAAAACUGUGAAUGCAAGUGUUGUCCACGUUACAUUUGUUGACUGGAUCCCUUUCAUAUGCUCCAUGCUUGGAAUGCUCAUUGUCAAUUCUAUCGAAAAAUCGAAUUUGUUCUCCGAAGGCCAGAACCUGUUUUUGGGCGACGGGAGCGGCAACGCCUGGGCAGCCAGGGUGAUUCUCUUUUUCGGGUUUUCGCUUUUGGCUGGUGGUUUGGCAGGGUCAUUUAUGGUGUUCAUCUUGAAGUUCUUGAUGAAACAAUACACAUUCCCCACGUUGGGCAUGGGUGUGUCGAACAUCAUCUGUAACGGCUCAAUUAUGUUGAGUUGUAUUAUUUUGUGGUUAUCGCAGAAUAUAGAAGACGAGUACAGUUAUAGCUUGGCAUUGAAUUAAGUGAUACGGCACAUGUUCGACUACGGCUGGUCCAAUCGGGGCUUUGCGCCUGAAUCCCCCUUGAACAAUAGGCACUUGAAGCAAGAUACUACCCAGUGAAGUGAACAGAAGUAGCGGGUUUUGUGAGAAUGCAAUAAA